GAUUAAAACCGAUGACAGUUUCAACUAACCUCCAAUACUUAUUAUUUUAUCAAUUACCCACAAUUUAGUAAAUAUAUAAAGAUGUUUGAUAUUCCAAAUGAAAAUCUUCCGGAAUGUUUACUAGAUGAAAAUAGAAUAAACGUACUUUUCGCACCUAUUAGAAAUAAAAGUGUAAAUCCUAAAGAUUGGGAUAACAAAAUAUCAUCAUGGAAGACAAUAAUAAAAAUUUAUUGCGAAUCAAACGAUAUUUAUACGUUUACAGUGUCUUCUUUAAAUAAAGUUUUUAUUAGAAAUGGAAGAUCACCUCCUUGUUUGCCCGAGGUUAUAAGUGAAAUGGAAAAAAAUGGGGACAUUCAACGUUUGGAUUUAUUUUUAAAAAAUAAUCCGAAAACGUGGACUGGGUGGGCUACGGAUAUUUUCGUUAAAACUCCUUUUGUAUGGUCGUUUAAUAAAUUGAAAUCAUCGUUAUUUACAACAGAUUCCUCACAACAACCUAAAGUUUUUAUAGAAAUAAUUAAAACAAAAUGCGAUACCAUAUUAAGAAUAUUACCGAAUAAUUAUAAAAAUAAAUUGAUAAGUUUAAAAGAUUUAUUGAGUAUUAUAAAAAAGACUCCAAACGAUAUCCAAGACGUCAAACUUUUGCUCCAUCACAUGUCCAACAAAAAUAUAAUAGACAUCACGAAAUUAAACAGUAACAAUAAAAACGAAUUAGAAACAACUUUAAUCAAAUUUAGUGAUACAAACAGUACGAUAAGUGAAGUCGAUGUCGGUGUAUAUACAUUAGAACAAAACGAGAAAAUUAUACUAAAAGGUAUCGAAGAGAUGGAAGAUAACAUUGAAAAACUCAUUAAAGAAGCUAAAGUACAUCUAUCAAAACAUCAUAGACAAAUGGCUAAAAGUUGUUUAAGAAAAAAACACGAUUUAGAAAAAUCCUUAGAAAAGAAAGCUCAAGCUCUACACAACGUCCAAUUGUUGCUGCACCAAAUAAACGAAGCAAACAGCAACGCAACAGUUUGGGAUUCCUAUAAAAAAGUUUUAACUACUUUCGAUGUCACUUACAAAGAUGCUGGUAUAUCAGAAGAUCUAAUAGAUGAUACGAUGAUCAAAUUAGGAGAGGUGUUGGAUAAAAACGAAGAUAUACAAUCGGCUUUGUCUAAACCACCUCAAGAUUUCGAUGAUACCGAUUUAGAACAAGAAUUAGCCGAUUUGAUCAACGAAGAUAAUCUAGAAGGAGGUCCUCCGGAUGGCGGUGUUAAUACCAGUGAAAUAGAAAUGAAAUUGGAUGAUUUGAGUUUAAAUUUACCGGAAGUUCCUGAUAACAGCCCUGAGAAGUCCUCUAGAGAGGUUGAUCUAGGAAGCAGUCAAUUAUAAAUUAUUGUUUUGUUCCUUUCACUAAAACUUUGUUAGAUUACGUUUUUUUAGCAUUUGCGAUGUUUGGUCAAUAAAUCCCUGGUUUAGUAUUUUUUGUCCAAAUUUCGUCAAGAUAUUUUCCUUAAAAUCAGUCAAACACAUUUUCAAUAUUUCUAUUCCACAAUUAUCUAAUGAUUCUUUUUUGUUCUCUAAAUAGGCAUCUAUUUCACUCAUUUCUUGAUAUUUCUUACAUUAAAUCGUAUUUUUCAAACUUAAAAACAGUCAAAAGUCGAUGGGGGCCAGGAUACAGAGGGCGAGGAAGCACUUUCAAGAUUAAUAGCAUAAAUUUGACCAGUAUCUCAUUGAAAAAACAGUCAGAAGUCACUGGGGUGUCCAUCUGAAGGUUAAGAAGCACUUUCUAGUUCAAUCAAUUGAAUUUCGCCAGGGAUUCAUUGAUAUUUUCAGCCCAAAUUAUUUUUCCACGCAAUUCUUUUGUUGUUGUUUUCGAAAAAAAUUCUAACCAAACAAAUUGCAUGUUUUUAUUUUGACAGCUGACAUACUGUAGUUCGAUUGAAAAAUUUAUUGUGAUCUCCAUCAGUUAAAUCGAAGACUUAUUUGUUAAUAGAUUGAUAUUCUUUUAAAUACAUUGUUUUAAUUAUAAAAAUAAACUUUAUCUUUAAU